AUGGUCGGACGCAAAGGAGCUGUUCCACCUUCGGAUAUAAUUGAUGCAGUUCUAACAUUCAAAGAACGAGUGGUUUUGAAGAACGAGAAAAAUGAAAUGUAUAUAGUUGCAGCUACAAAUCAAGUAUGGACAGAUAUAAGGCUUUAUAUUGGUGACCGCAUGUCCUCGAAUGCUAUUCAUACUUUUGUUCAAAAGGGACGUCAUGGUAUAAUGGAAAAGCUAGGUUUUCCUUUAAAAUUUAAGCAGUCCUGUGAAAUUGUACAUACACCAAUCUUACCAGAUGAUGAAGAAUCGCCUGAUGACUACAGUUCUAAUGAUGAAGGUGAUGCACUCCCAUGUAAAAAAUUUGUAUUUACAUUUUCAUCUGAAGAAUGGGAUCAGAUACAACCUCAAGAAAAAGUGUUUAAGCUAACAGAUAAAUCUCGUCCGAUGCAAAGUACCAGAUCGUAUUAUGUUUUGCCUAAAGGUACAUGGACACCAAUACUUGCUGAACACUUUUGGGCACACUUUCAACUGCCUUGUUGUUUAUCUUUCCGAAGAGGUAAAGUUUAUCCCAGUGGAUCUGUAUACAUACAUGUCGUGGGACGUUGCUCUGUUUGCGACUCCAGAUUUAAUGGGACAGUUUUUGAUAAACCCCCUGGUGGUGCUAAAGUUCUUAUGCAUUGUACGUUCAGAGGUAAUUUUCAAGAGGCACACAAAACAACAAAAAAACGUCGUAUGAUAGGACCAGCAAUGGAAAAAGCAAUUUCAUCGAUUUGUGUCGAUGGACUAUCAAGUGAAACGUAUCGAGAAAGAGAAGCAGUACGUCUGAUAAAAACAGGUGCACCUGAUCCGUCCAUUAUUCCAUCCGGUAAUUCUUUACGCAUUUUAAAAUCACGAGUGACAGCAGGCAGUCGUAGACAUGAAGAUACCUUAACGUCAUUAGCUUUGAUGAAACAAGAAGAUGACUUUAAGAACAUAAUUCAUGAUAUUGGAUGUGAUCCUUUUUACUUACAUUACCAUUGUGCUGAUCAGAUCCAAAUCUACAGGAACUACUGUAAAGGAUCAAGACCCAGACUGAUCAUUGAUGCUACAGGUUCGGUUGUGAAAAAAUUCUUAAAGUUGAGCAAGCAAAAAACAAGCUCAAUCUUUCUGUAUGAAGGAUUGGUCUAUGAUUCACAAAAUAAAUGUAGUUUUACAGUUACCAAUAUGUUGAGUGAGCGGCAUAACAGUUUGGCUAUUUCUAAUUGGUUAUCCAGUUGGAUCAAUUGUAAUGUUCCAAGGCCCAAAGAAGCUGUAUGUGAUCAAUCCAUGGCAUUGCUUUCUGCCAUUGCAAAAAGUUUUACACAAUAUACGACGCUACAGGACUACAUCAUAAUUUGUGCUGAUCUUUUGACUAAAAGAAUAGAAGGAAAUUCACACUUAGUACCACAUUGUUUUAUAAGGAUUGAUGUUGCUCAUUUUGUAAAAACAUGCAGUAACUGGAUACCACUAAAAACUGUUCCUCGAAGGGUCAAAGAAGUUAUUCUUCGCUCUAUUGGUGUUUUAAUUAAAAGUCAGUCACUAAUUGAAAUUAAAUCAAUGUUACUGUCAUUAUUUGUUAUAAUUACUAAUGAAACAGCUGGAAACAAUAAACGUACACACGAACAGACACCAUGUGAAAAACACAAAGAAAUUAUUAUAAAAGCUACAUCAACGGGAUUUGUAGAUUUUGAGCAACAAUUUGAAGACAUAAUUUAUAACGCAAGAUCUGAAGAUGAAGCUAAAAUGUGUAUCGAAGAAGAGUAUGAACGUUCUAAUGAAGGGUUAGACAAACUUCAUAAUCCAUUUGAGGAAUGGGCAAAACAAACUUUUGAAAAUAGUAAAUCAUUAAUACAGGACGGUACUGAACUUAAUCCUCUAUAUAUUCCAUCACUAGUCCCUAUAUUAAUUAAAUGCAUGAAGCUUCUCCCCCUAUGGUCGGGUGUUAUGAUACCAAUCUUCAACUAUGGAGAACAAAUAUGUAGUUCAGCUGCAGUUGAAUCCAGCUUCAAAAAAUUAAAAACGGUCACUAUGAAAAAUGUUGUUUUACCCACUAAUAUUGAAAUAUUUUUAGAAAAUCAUGUUAUGUCUUUAAAAGGAGCAUCACUUAUCCGAAUAGCCAAAAAUCAAUCUAAUAUGUCACCAUAUUCUUCUACUGAAGAAGUUGAAGAUCGAUAUAACACUGAUUUGAAUCAUUCAUUUUCAUUUAAUUUGUUAGAAACUCACGAUGUUAAUGAUCAACAGGAUUUAGGUGAUAAUUGUCUCUCAAGAAAUGUGUCACCAUCUUUUGUUUUGGAAAAAUUCAACGAUUAUGAUGAAAAUGAAGCGUUGAUUGUAGUUGAUACAGUCAAUGAACAAACACAUUUUAACAAAAAAAUUACUUUAAUUGAUGAGUUGUGUUGUAAAAGUUCAAAUGAGUUUAAUGAAAAUAACCCAAUGUCAGUAGAUGAGGAUAUAGAAAACAAUAGACAAACGAGUUUUACUGAAGAAAAUGCCGCACUUGAGGAAUGGAAUCGUAAAAGCCUUAAACAAAGAAAAAGUUGUUCUUAUUUAGUUCCAAACCCGCAUUUAAGAUAUUUGAAUUUGAAGAAUAGCAAUAAAAUUCAAUCGUUGCCUAUUUUAAAAAAUGGGUCAAGAUUUCAAGACCUAAAGAGUUCUAAAACUAUUAACAAAACCGACAGAGUUGUUUUAAGUAACACCUGUGCAUUUGAUGCAUUAUCAUCUAUACUCAUGAUAUCAUAUUGUGAUAGUCAAAUGUAUUCAGAGUUCAUGGAUUCAUUCAAUGAUGAUAAGUACUUCAAUUUCAUAUCAAGUUUAGUGAAAAAUGGAAUUACAUCCUCAACUUACACUAAAAGAACAGAAGUUAUAAUGCUUUAUUUAAAACCAGAAUUACAACUGUUGCAAUAUAACAUCACAUUAGCUAAAUGUGAUGCUACCAUGGGUCAUGUUAUGAAAGCUUUGCUAAAAGAUUACCCAACAAUUGAAGAAUUUUCAAAAUGUUCUUCCAACAUUUGCAUAAAAACAUCCAAGUGGCAAGUUAUGUAUUUAACGUAUCAGACGGGAAAAAACGGAAACUUAAGUGGCUUACAGCAUUUCAUCAAAGAACGCACUGGUGUGGAGUAUUUGGAAUGUAGUGAGAAUUGUGAUGGUAUGAAAGCUGUACAUUCAAAAAUAUCAACCCACCAUUUAUUUAUUGAUGUUUUGCAAUGGGAAGGUAAUGAUCUAACUUCAUCCAUGUGUAGUACUGAAGCAGCUAGCAUGGUUCAAGUAAAGCUGAGUGAUAUUCCACAGAUACUUGUGUAUGAAAGCAUCACAUUUGAACUUCGUGGUGCUAUACAUUUCUAUAAAGGAAAAAGUGGAUUGAGAAAUUCGAUAGGCCAUUAUACAGCUUAUGCUAAAAGAGGUACGCAUAACUGGGAAUUGUACGAUGAUCUCAAAAAAAGGCCAAUUCCAGUAAAGGAAAACAGUUUAAUAUUAUGUGAAUUUUUAAUUUACACAAUUUAA